GGUGGAUUGGAAGGUUAUCCAAACUGACUAAAUUGUGUUUGGGGUUUCACAAUGUCCCUGCUCCUAUUGAGCUUGCUUCCCUUCCUCUCCUAAAAGAACUUGAUUUGUUUGGAUUGGACCUGCAAACUGUUACGCAACUUCCCUUGCCUCUACAAAGGCUAGGACUUGAUAAUAUCAACUCAAUUGUGUCACUCUCGCCGAACCUGAGAAAUUUGUCAUAUAUACUGCUCUCUAGGUCUCUGAUGCAAGAAUUUCAACUUGAUGGGCUUCAACUUCCAAAUAUAAGGGAAUUGGAGGUGCAUGGAUGUGAAAUCCUCAAGAGAUUCAGGCUAACCAGAAUGAGGAAGCUGAAAGCUUUCCACGUGUCCUCUUGUCAAAAGCUAGUUGAGAUCCAAUUUUCUAGGUUUGAAUCCCUGGAGACAUUGUGUAUUCAAUGGUCCGAGUCCUCACAAGGCUAGUUUAUGUGGGGGAAGCAGCAUAUGACAAUAAUGAGUCCGUUAGUGAGUUGAUUAGUUGUGAAGGGAGACUAAUCCUUUCAAUGAGAUCCUUUAAUAAGUUGCAAUGGCUUUUUCUGGCGACUUUCCUUGAAAUACUCGAGAUACAAAUCGUCGGUAUGUCGGAAUCAUUGGAAAGCUUGUCACUUGUGUGCAGUCCUUCUGUGCAAAGUCUCAGUGGUUUAUCAAACUUAAAGAACCUCAAAUCCUUUUCAAUGGAUAGCAACAAUGGGCUACAGGUUGUCAAGGGCCUUAAUGAACUAGAGUUUUUGGAUUAUUUAGAAGUUCGUAGAUGCACAUCGCUAGAAAGUUUGAUUGAUGUCUCAAACACCAAAUUGCCAAAUCAUUGCAUCAUUGAUAUCUACGAUUGCGGGGAAGAAUUUCGGGGCACCCUUGCGUCUUACAAACAUCGUAAGGAAGUGGAACAGCAAUUGGAACAAGAGCAGGAAAGCCCCUUCGAACAGGAACAGGAACAGCAGCAGGAAAGCCACUUCAAACUGGAACUGGAAUUAAAACAGAGGACGAGGCUGGGGAGAGUGUCGUUCCAAUGCCUGAGCUUCAGCAGUUUCUCCACUGUAUUCUCCCUGUUUUUUCCCAUUUGAUUAACCCUGAACAUGAAUUGAAGCAAAGGCGAGGACUUGGGAGAGUGUGUCCUUGUUGACACCUAAA